AUGGCUAGUAUGGUCAGCAACAUACAGAAAAUUAUUCGUCAUCAUGUCCCGUUAAUUCGAUUUAAAUACGGUGCAAAUCAAUUCGGUUCAGUGACUCGUGCAUCAACAGAAAAUAAAAGUGAUUCGCAUGUAUCUCAAACAAUUGGUGCUUCAUCACAACCUAAAGUUGGUCAAAAAUCAGCUGCAUUGGAAUUUUCUCAAACACCUAAAAAAUAUCGACGACGUCCUUUAACUCAAGAUGAAAUUGAUCUUAUUGCAGUUGGUGGAUUUACUUAA